UUGAAGCCAUAACAGAUAAUGAUAUAAAAAUGGCCAAUCUCCUGUUACAUUUAGGAGCUAAUAUAAAAAAACCUUUGAUGUUUUCUGGAAAAACCCCAUUGUUAGUGGCGGUUUCUCAUGGUUACGCUGAACUAACCAAAUUUCUUGUGAAUAAAGGGGCGCCAUUAGAUGAUGUAGACAUCAACGGACUUGGUGUGAUGCAUAAUGCUGUUAACUCAGGAAGUGGUGAAUUGAUACGGUUUUUCGUUGGCUUGGGGCUUGAUGUGAAUGCCAAAGAUAGAAAUGGAUUGACUCCGUUGCACAGAGCAGUCAUCCUGGAAUUGGACGAAAACAUUGUGAACUUUCUGAUUGAAAGCGGGGCAGAUCCGAACGCAAAAGACGAGAAUGGAUUCGAUUUCAAGAUUCAUAAAUGUCUAAAUGAAAAAAAAGUUAUUUGUGCUUUUCCAACUCCAAAGUUUAUUUUUUCACAAGUAAGAAUGUGAACUAGGCAUUUGAGAUGAUAAUUUUACAUUCUCAUUGUGAACAAGAUGUCUGACAAUAUGGUUUCUUAACAUUUAUUUACUGAGGUGAUCUCUGGUCCAAAGUGUGAAGAUCCCUGCGAACAGCU